UCUCUCUCUCUCUCACACACACACACACAAUGAAGGCGGACCACGGUGAAUUCAUAGUUUCGGAUCAAUCUUCAAAGCUACGGCGAUCAAAGUCACGUGACGUGAGCUCUCGCUUCCUGUCACCGACCUCCACACCUUCGAUCGAAAGUGUAAUUCCAUCUCCAAACCGCACUCUCUCUCCUUUCCGGCAAAAACCCAGAGCAUUCACGGACAGCCGAGCCCACCGGAGCCUUGAAGCUUCAGGUUUCAUAGGUGGACUCUGGCCAUCUUCUAGUGCACCAUCAUCAUCCCCUUCAAAUAAAAAAACAGGAACUCUCGCUGAUCAUCUUGGAAACGAUAGACUCAAAGACCUUCUCGAUCAUGACAAGUCCGACAACUCGAUGUUUCUUAACAGACAGAGAAGCUGCACAGAGCUUAGUAGGAUUGAGAAUAAGAAAGAAAGCCCGAAAGAAAACCAUAAACCGUCCUUUGGUGGAUCUAUGACGUAUACCGGAAAAUUUCGUUUUCCGGGUCGAUCAUCGACUUCAUCGUCGUCGAAAACUUCGAGUUUAGUUGAUGAUCAUGAUCCUAUAGUUCCAGGAAGGUUAUCGGUCGAUGAAAAUGCGCUUCGCCGGAAGCUAUUUGGACGAAGGUCUGACUUGUUUUCUGAUAUACAAGACCCAGAGGCCGACAGCAGUGACAUUAACAUAUGCUCCGGCACGAGUUUGGGAUCGUUAGUGGCCGGAAAAAAUUCGCCGGCAUCAUAUAUGGCACCGACGGUGAGUUCGAGAAAGGCCGGCAUAGAAGCUUCAUCAAAGUGCUUGAAUGAUUUACCAUCAAGGUCUCGAAGAUGGACUGUUGAUUCACCCUCACAACAUCCAAUAUCAUGGGAUAAUUCUCCGAAGAAAUCAACAACAAAGACUUCAAUGAGGAGGGCGAAUUCGCUCAAUACGAACGGACAUGUGACCUCGAAGUGGGCCUUGUCCCCGGGGAGGCCGAGCUCGCCACCGUUGCCGGCUGAGAGUAACGGAACGCCGAUGAACUUUCCAAGUAGUUUGAAGCCUCCGGCUAGUCCGUCGAGGGCUAAAGGUGUUGGGAAUUUGAUUAGCAUGGGUCUUGAUCUAUUUAAGAGUAAGAAAUCUUCUUCAAGUAGUUCAUUACCUCUGGGGCUAGGCAUGACAGAGAAUGUUCAUCAGCUCAGGCUGUUGCAGAAUAGGUUGGUGCAAUGGAGGUAUGCUAAUGCUAGAGGUGAAGCUAUGAAUAGAAGCUUAACUAAUCAGGCAGAGAGUAACUUGCUACAUGCUGGGGAUGGACUUGCAAAGUUGCAACAUUCUGUGCUACAAAAGAAGUUAGAGCUAGGGAAACAGAAGCUGAAAAUGAAACUAGAGUUUAUACUUCAUUCUCAAGUUAAGCAAUUGGAAGCUUGGGGAGAUAUGGAAAGGCAACACCUAUCAGCAGUUUCUAUGACCAAGGAUUGUUUGCAUUCUGUUGUCUGUAGGGUACCCUUUACAGAAGGAGCAACGGUGGAACCACAAUCAGUUUCCAUUUCAAUGCGACAUGCCUCAGAUCUCGCAGCAUCCAUCAAGUCGAUUUUAGCUACUUCUUUACCCGCGGCUGAGAAGACAGUGUCGAGGCUGACUGAGUUAGCAGAGGUAGUGGCACAGGAGAAGUCUCUACUGGAAGAAUGCUUAGAGCUGUCCAGGACUAUAUUGACACUAGAGAUGCAAGAGAGGAGCUUAAAGUGUAAUGUUAUUCAAUUGAGACUAUGGCAACAACAGCAGCAAUACCAUCACCAAACAGAGAUAACUGCAUAUACUUCUUUUGUUCUCUGAUUAUAAAAUUAAAUACAGCAGCAGUGCAUACUAGACAAACUGGAGAGAGAGAGAGAGAGAGAGUAGUUGUCAAGCUUCUAACAGUUUGACUAAUAACUUUAUGAAUGUUUACCAACAAUACCUAAUUUCUCUGUG